GGACGGCUCACAGAGUCCACUACUCAUUUCCCACCCCCACCCCCCCAAGGCCCCAACCCCUCAAAACCCCAUAAAAAUCGCACCUUUACCCCCAAAUUUCCCCCCAAUCCGAUCCCUCCUCGCUCCCCCGCGCGAUUCCGAUCGAUUGCGAUCGAAACCCCCAAAAAAUUCGGCGUCUGGGGCAUGUUUUUGAGGCGAUUGGGGCGCGGAAGAGGGGUUUUUUGAUGUGUUUUUGAGGGGGUUUUGAUCGGAGAGAGAGAGAGAGAGAGAGAGAGAGAGAGAGAGAGCGCGCGAUGGGGUGUUUCCCGUGCUUCGAUUCGAGGGAGGAGGAGCAGCUGAAUCCGAAGAGCGGGGGUUGUGGUGUUGGUGGUGUUGAGGAAGAGGCGAAGAGCGGGGAGCGCCCCAUGAUCCCGCCUCAGAUCGAGAAGCUAUCCUCAGGAACCGAUAUAUUGAAGAUUAGAAGCAACUUGGGCUUGAAGAGGGAGCCGUCGGGUCAGAAGGACGGUUCGGGUGUUAAUAUUUCUGCGCAGACUUUCACUUUUCGGGAGCUCACGGCUGCGACAAAGAAUUUUAGGCAAGAAUGCUUUUUAGGGGAAGGGGGAUUUGGCCGGGUUUAUAAAGGGCGUCUAGAGAGCACCGGACAGAUUGUUGCUAUAAAACAGCUAGACAGAAAUGGGCUUCAAGGAAAUAGGGAAUUUCUUGUGGAGGUCCUGAUGCUGAGUCUAUUGCAUCAUCCCAAUCUUGUCAAUUUAAUUGGCUACUGUGCCGAUGGAGACCAGCGGCUUCUUGUAUACGAGUAUAUGCCUCUUGGUUCGUUGGAAGAUCAUUUACAUGAUCUUCCUCUCGACAAGGAACCGUUGGAUUGGAACACGAGAAUGAAAAUCGCCGCAGGCGCGGCAAGAGGGCUAGAAUACCUCCACGACAAAGCCAACCCGCCGGUUAUUUAUAGGGACUUCAAAUCAUCCAACAUAUUACUAGACGAGGGAUUCCACCCUAAACUGUCCGAUUUUGGGCUCGCAAAGCUUGGCCCCGUUGGCGAUAAAUCCCAUGUCUCGACGAGGGUAAUGGGGACUUACGGAUAUUGCGCUCCCGAGUACGCAAUGACCGGUCAAUUGACCGUUAAGUCUGAUGUCUAUAGUUUUGGAGUCGUUCUAUUGGAGUUGAUUACUGGUCGGAAGGCAAUCGACAGCACUAGACCGCACGGAGAACAAAAUCUUGUUUCGUGGGCUUUGCAGGCGCGACCGUUGUUCAACGACAGGAGAAAACUCCCCAAGAUGGCGGACCCAAGGCUCGACGGUCGAUACCCGAUGCGGGGGCUCUACCAAGCCCUAGCGGUGGCCUCCAUGUGCAUCCAAUCCGAGGCCGCGUCGCGCCCCCUCAUCGCCGACGUCGUCACCGCCCUCUCCUACCUCGCAUCCCAAACUUACGACCCCAGCACAGCCCACCACUCCUCAAGCAACCGGUCAAGCGGCGAAAGACGAGGGGGGAGAUUCUUGAACGACGACAAAGUCGGGAAACUGCCGUCGAGAACCGAUUCCCCGAAGGAUUCGAACGGCGAUAGAGAGGAUUCUCCGAAAGAGGCGCCUGGGAUCUUGAACAAGGACUUCGACCGGGAGCGGGCGGUGGCGGAGGCGAAGAUGUGGGGGGAGAACUGGCGGGAGAAGAGGCGGGCGAUCGCGAAUAACGAAAAGCAAGGGGCCAACGCCGCCGAUUCGCCGACCAAAAGUGGGUAAAGGAGAUGAUGGUGCAUGUUUUAAGUAAAUAUUUUCAUUCACUUGUUUCUCCUUUUUCUUUUUUUUCUUUUUUUUUUUUAUUUUUUUUUGUAUUUUUUAGAGGGAGAGUAAUGUAUAUCUUUAGAGGCUGGGGGAGUCUUUGUAUUAGUGUUACUAUUAUUGUUGCAGACUUUUGCUGGAUGCUUGUAAAUUUUCAGAAAAUUUUGUGGGAUUAAGAGGACAAAUUUACUGAAAGUGAUUAGUGUAUAUAAUCUCUCUUUCAUCUUC